AUAGACGCUCAGUUAGGAGUGACUACAGUAGAUCACCUUAAUUUUACGCCAUUUUUUUUUCCCUAAAACGGGGGGAGGAGAAAGAAAGAGGAGAGGCAGGGGGGAAAAGGAGCUCCGGUGGAAAGGUCUUUUUUUUAUUACACCGAGGACAGCCGGCUCCGCAGUAAGGAGACACGCAGGAAUAUGGAGGCAGUAUAAGAAGAGGAAGGAGGACAUCUGUGUAAUGCCGCUGGUCGUGCGGGCAAAGGCGCUGAUCUGUAUGCAGCUACUGCGGCUGUCGGCCACCACACUCAGCUGAACCAGGGAGGAGGAGGAGGAGGGGGGAGAGAAACUUUCUCCGUCCGGCAAAGCAAACAUGCGGCGGGCUGCGACUCUCUUUCCGCCGGGAUGCCCGCCGCUCCUGGUUCUCCUGCUGCUGUUGCUGGUGCUUCCCCACUCCUGGCAGCUGUCGCUGUCGCCGGAGGAGGCAAACCAGUUCCUGAAGCGGGGACGACGCGCCUACCAGGUUUUCGAGGAGACGAAGCAGGGCCACUUGGAGCGGGAGUGUGUGGAGGAGCGGUGCAGCUAUGAGGAGGCGCGGGAGGUGUUUGAGAACGACCCGGAGACGGACUACUUCUAUCCCAAGUAUCUGGACUGCAUACACAAGUUCGGGGACUCUGAGAGGAAGAGGCAGGACCUGAUCACCUGUGUGCACAACAUCCCUGACCAGUGCUCCCCAUCGCCGUGUUGCGAGCGGGGGACUGUGCGCUGCGAGGACAAGAAGGGCAGCUUUGUUUGUCACUGCUUCACUGGAUGGACCGGCGCCACCUGCGAGGAAGACAUAAAUGAAUGUGAGAACAAGAAUGCUGGCUGCGAACACGGCUGCAACAACACCCUUGGGAGUUACCGCUGCUUCUGUCAGGAUGGUUACGUGCUGGUUGACCGGCAUAUGUGUGCAGACGUGGAUGAGUGUGCGGUCACCCCCGAGGUGUGUGGCACAGCACGGUGCGAGAACCUUCCCGGGGGCCACCAGUGCCUGUGCGAGGAGGGCUUCGUGUACGACGACGUGUCCAAGUCCUGCCUGGAUGUGGACGAGUGCGAGUCACCAGUGUGCUCCGGGGAGUGUGUGAACACACCGGGGGGGUUCAGCUGCUACUGUGAUGGCCGACGGGGUCUGAGGCUGGCGCAGAACUGGAGCGCUUGCGAGCCCAUCGAACCUAGGCCCCUCCCUGGCCUUAAGAGGAACCCGCGCUCCCUUUACCUGGGCCGCAUGUUUAGCGGUUCUCCCGUCAUCCGCCUCCGCUUCCGGCGGAAAGUCCAGACCGGCUUCAGCGCCGAGUUCGACCUCAAGACCUAUGAUCCGGAGGGGGUCAUUUUCUUUGCGGGGGGCCACCAGAACAGCUCGUGGAUCGUGCUGGCCAUGCAUAACGGGAAGCUGGAGCUGCAGCUGAAGUACGGACCAGUGAGCCGGGUAACCAGCAGCGGGCCCGUGGUCAGCGAUGGACAGUGGCACAAGAUCUCUGUGGAGGAGCAGGGCCGGAGCCUGGUGAUCAAGAUCGACCGGGAGGCUGUGAUGAAGAUCACGGUGAAUGGGGAUCUCUUCACGCUGAGGAAGGGCAUGCACGAGCUCAACCUCACCGUCGGGGGGGUGCCGUUCAGAGAGGCCGGAUUGCUGAGCAAGAUGAACCCCCGCCUGGACGGCUGCCUGCGGGAGUGGAGGUGGCUGACUGGUGAAGACUCCUCCAUCCAGGAGACCAUUCGCUCCAACGAGAAACUGCAGUGCUUCUCCACCGAGGACCGCGGCUCCUAUUACCCCGGCAACGGCUUGGCACUCUUCAACCUCAGCUACGCAGCGGAUUCCCCAGUGCUGAGCAUUCAGCUACACCUGCGACCCGCCUCCAGUCUGGGGCUUCUCCUCGCGCUCGUCCGGCUAGACAGUGUGCCCCUGUCGGUCUCCCUCUCCGACUACCAUCCCGGGAAAAAACUGUGGCAAGAGCAUGUCCUUGUUGCCGUGGGUGACACAGUGGUGGCCAGCCUCCCGGCACAGCUGAGUGACUCGGUGAAUGUGACCAUCACGGGAGGUCUGGUCCACCUGGAGGUGGAUGGACAAGCGGGUCAGGCUGAACCGGACCUGAACCAGAACAUCGGUGACCUCUCCUCUCCGGUCGGCACCUUCCUUGGGGGAAUACCAGACAUCCCCCUGGUGUCCACGCCCAUCUCCGCGUAUUACAUGGGCUGCAUGGACGUCACCAUCAACGGGCAAAUGUUGAACCUGGAUGAAGCGACCCAUAAGCACAACGACAUCCGCUCUCACUCCUGCCCCCUGGUGGGGGCUCACCAGUAACCUGGUCUCACAUGCGUGAGGCCCCCCUCUCUCUAUCCACUGUUCAUCCUACCCCAUUAUUCUGGGUGUUCCUUUGAGGUAUGCAUUUAAACCAGAGGUGCAGAGAAACAUAGGGCGUGUAUUUAUAUUGGCGAAACAACUUCACAGCCUAUGGAGGAGUCCGCUGUAAUAUACUGAAUAUGUAAAUACUGUACUAUUCAAUGCUUUAAAAAAAAUAGGACUUACCUUCAAUGAAUUUGGCUUUAAGUCUGACAGGGGUACAUAAUAAGUCACUAACACAUAAAUUGUAUAUUUUCACUUAUGAUUCUGUUUUAGUCACUGUCAACAACAUUUUUCAUAUUUAAGACUUUUUUUUUAAUCUUUGUGUUGUAUAUUUUAAACAAUGUUUGUCCUGAUGAGAAUCCUUGCCCCCCCUCCCAAAAAUGCCA